AUGUUGAAGAAGCACAAGGAGAAGUUCAAGACGGGCCUGAUCCACUGCGCGGACGACUUCAAGAAGAAGGCCCAAACUCUUCUCCAGGACUUUGACGUGAAUGGUCCCUUCACCAGUGCCGUCUCGGCCGACGCUGCCCUGGAGCAGAUCCUGGCCAUGAGGCAGUUGCUGGCCACCAUGAAGGAGGAGGAGAACGCCCUGCGCUCCAACCUGGGCAUCUUCAAGAUUGACCAGCCGGCUUCCAAAGACCUUCAGAAGCUGGAGAGGGAGCUGGAUUACAUCCAACAAGUCUGGGAGAUCACCAAGGAAUGGGAGGUCCACUGGGAGGAGUGGAAGAACGGGAGCUUCAAGACCCUGAAGACGGAGGUGAUGGAGAACACGGCCUUCGCUCUCUUCCGGAAGCUGAACAAGCUUAGCAAGGAACUGAAGGUCCUGCGCUCAGAAAGUCUCUCUUUCUUCAGAGGAACGGAGGAGGUCUUCCAGGCUCUGGAUGACAAUCAGGUGGCCCUGUCCACCAUGAAGGCGUCCCGUUUUGUGAAGCCGUUCGAGAAGGACGUGGACCGGUGGGAACGCUGCCUCUCGCUCAUCCUGGAGGUGAUCGAGAUGUUACUGACCGUCCAGCGGCAGUGGAUGUACCUGGAGAACAUCUUCUUGGGGGAAGACAUCCGCAAGCAGCUGCCCGGGGAAUCGUCAUCCUUCGACAACAUCAACAGCAGCUGGAAGACCAUCAUGGACCGCUUUGUGAAGGACAACAAUGCUCUUCGGGCUACUCAUUACCCAGGACUCCUGGACAAACUGGUUGAAAUGAACAACGCCUUAGAAGACAUCCAGAAGUCCCUUGACAUGUACUUGGAGACCAAGCGUCAUAUCUUUCCCCGUUUCUACUUCCUCUCCAACGAUGACCUCCUGGAGAUCUUGGGCCAGUCCCGUAACCCGGAGGCCGUCCAGCCCCACCUCAAGAAGUGCUUUGACAACAUUAAGUGCCUCAAAAUUCAGAAGAUUGGGACCACUCAACGGUCCGAAGCCGUCGGCAUGUUCUCUCUGGAUGGGGAAUACGUAGACUUCACCCACCCUGUUCUGCUGGAAGGACCCGUGGAGGACUGGCUGUGCGACGUGGAGAGGGCCAUGCGCUGGACGUUGAGGGAAGUGCUACGCAACUGCCGGCUGGCCUUGAAGAAGAUGUUGACCAAGAGGGACAAAUGGGUGAAGGAAUGGCCGGGACAGAUGGUGAUCACCGCGAGCCAGAUCCAGUGGACGACUGACGUGAGCAAGUGCUUGGCCACCUGUAAGGAACGAGGUGAUAAGAAGUAUCUCAAAGCGAUGAAAAAGAAGCAGGUCUCCAUGCUCAACAAAUACUCGGAGGCCAUCCGGGGCAGCCUGACCAAAAUCAUGCGCUUGAAGAUCGUGGCGCUGGUGACGGUGGAGGUCCACGCCCGGGACGUCAUAGAGAAGCUGUACAAGAGCGGCUUGGUCGAUGUGACGUCCUUCGAGUGGCUGAGCCAGCUGCGCCUCUACUGGGAGAAGGUGCACUGA